AUGGAUGACUAAGAUAAAAUUCAAGAGGAUGAAUGUAUGAAUUAAUAUUGUACAAUUGAAUCAUAAAAUGUUUAUGCAGCUAAAUUUAGUGAUUAAAUUCUAUUUUUUUGUAAAGAAUGUCUUGAAUUGUAUAAUGAGAAAAAGNUAUUUUAUAAGAAAAGGAUUAUUUCUAAGAUUAUAUAAUAAAUGGAAAUGUGGAAGAAUAUGUAGAAUAUAAAUCAAAAGAUGGUGUUUGGGGAGAUAAUAUAGAACUUUAGGCUUUUCGAGAACUCUAUGAUAUUCCUAUUGAAAUUUAUGUUUGUAGUAAAGAACCCUUAAAAACUGGUUUGGAGGCAAAUCCAUAUAAUAAGGAGUAAUAAUUAUUCUUAUCUUUUAGACCAAUUAGAUUAUCAUAUCAUGGAAGAUCUCAUUACAACUCAAUUAAAUUAAAAGAUAAACAACAUUCUGCCUUAUUAGGAAGUUUAGAAAUUAGUUAAUAUGAAAAGCAAAUGUUCGAAAAAUUGUUAGAAUAGAAAAACAAACAAAGUGCAAACAAUAAUAAUAGAUAUGGAUAAUAAUUAUCUAGAGCUUAAUUUGAAAAUUGCAUUAGUAAUGAAUUAGAUAUUAUUUUUAAUGAAUCUAAACGAUUAUUUUAAGAUCAAUAACUUAAAAAGUAUUUUAGUAGAAUUAUUUUAGUGAAUAAACUGCCAUAAAGGAAUCUUUGCAAUAACUAGAAUAUGAAGAAGAAGAAGAAUAACUUAUGGACAUGGUUAUUAAAGAAAGUGUUCAAGAUGCUUAAUUUAAUUAAUAAUACCCUAUUUAAUAAUAAAAAUAAACUUAACAAUAAUAACAAUCACAAUAACCAUUAUAAUAACAAUAAUAAUAAUAAUAAUAACAAUAAUAAUAAUAAUAACAACCUAAUUUGGAAAGCGAAAUAUUGAGAAAAAUUAUGGAAUAAAGCAAAUAAGAAUAAGAAUAAUAGUUUAUGUAAUAAUUUGAAGAUACAUAAUUUUAAAAUGCAUUGAAAGAAAGUGAAAAAACAAUUUAUGAAGAUCCCAUGAAUAAUCCAAUAAUUGCAUAAGUUAUGGAUAUGGGAUUCUUUACACUUGAAUAAGUAGUAGAAGCUUAUGCAAUUCAUAGAGAUGACCCAGAUAUGAUCAUUAAUUAUCUUUAUGAAAAUUUCUAAUGA